GGUUUUUUUACUCCUGUCAACAAAAUCACUCCCCUUUUAAUAGUCCGCGACACUCUUCUCGUCCAUAAACUCCCUCCUCUCCUUCUCUCCUUUCUCUUCUGUAUUUGCCCUAACCUCUUUCGCUGAACAUAUCAACAUAUACUCUCAUCUCUUUCGCUUUUUACCCUCAUCUACAUUCUCCCUGGCGAACGGUGGACGAAGAAAGAGGACUCUGCGGUUCCAAAACCCUAGAAAUCACCUCCUCUGGGUGCAUCCUAGACAAUGAGAGAGGUCAAUUGGGCUGGCAUGGGAAUUUUGUCAGCAAAAGGAAGAAGUGGAAAACAGUCACAAGUCUUUUUUAUGGACCAUCUGGCAAGAAUGAGAUUGGAAAACUUUGAAGGUGUGGAGUGCACUGAUCACUUGAUAAAGGAGUUAUCCAAAUACAAACAGUGAAUGAUAUACUUCAGACCACUCUGGAAGUAGCAAACAGAAAAUCUGACGCUAACUGUUCUCUUCCAAAUUUCUCCAACUGACUCAAGUUGAACAAAAAUAAAAUCUGGGAGAGCUCAGGAGAUGGCAGCAGUUGAACUUGAAAACUGUAGCUGUAUUCAGAUAUAAUCCUCUUCUUCAUCCUCUUCAUCGUCUGCUUGUGGUGUAAUAAGAUUUAUUUCGACUCUGAAACCAAGGUUAACAGAGAAAAAAAUGGCAGCGUCGACUUCCUUAAAAGAAUAUCUGAAACGAUAUGAAAGCAACAAUGAAGAGGAAACAAAGAAAAAGAAGAAAAAGAAAAAGAAAACCAAACCAGAUGUCUCAGGUGUCCUUGUUGUUGAUGAAGAUCCAACAUGGCAAAAACCAGUUAAGCUUGAAGAAGAACAUGAUGAUUCAGCAGAUGAAGAGAAACCCCAAAUUGAUGAAGACAUUGAAGUUAAGCGGAUGAAGAGACUAGAGCAACUUAGGUCCAAACGUCCUUAUCAUGCCCUUUCUGAGGAUGGGAGUGGUUGGGUUUCAAUUUCUGCUGUUCCUACACAUUCUGAUUCUGGUGACCAAAAUUCUGAUGUGUCCCCGCCUCGUAGGCAGAGAGCUCGUUAUGACACACCUUCACCAGAACCUGAACCCAGGCCUUCAGAUUCGGGCAGAGAAGGUUCUGACUUGUCACCACCACGGCAGCGGCAAAGACGUUACCAUACUCCGUCACCGGAACCGGGAAGUAAACCAUCAGGUUCUGAUUUUUCUCCUUCUCGUCGACCUUGUCGGCAGACCUCAGCAGAUGUUGAAAGGAAGAACUCUGAUUCACCCCAUUUUCCUCGCAUUUCUUCCCCACGUCAUGUUGGCCGCAGUUCUGAACAUCAAGAUCUUUCACCCCCAAGGAAAAGGAGAAAGGGUCUUGGGUUGUCUGGAUCACCUGAUAUUUCUCCUCCACGACGUUCUACUCAGACUGAUACUCCAGAUCUUUCCCCUCCGAGGAAAAGCCGUAAGGAUGUUUCUUCCUCAAAAGAGCCGUCAAAAACUGGUUUGAUUAGUGGUAAAGAUAUCGGGGAACUGAAUGCUAAAACUAAGAAGAAUGAUUGGUUAAGGUUCAAAGAGAUGGAUCCUUUGAUAAGUGGACGAGGUGCAGAACCUGUUUAUCGUGACAAGAGAAAAGGAGAUCGCAUAUCAAAGGAGGAAUUCUUGAAGUCACAAAAGGGAGAAGAAAAGCCUAAGGAGAAAAAGUUGGAAUGGGGCAAGGGCUUGGCUCAAAAGCGGGAAGCUGAAACUAAGCAGCAAGAAUUAGAACUUGAGAAGGACAAACCAUUUGCUCGGACCAGAGAUGAUCCAGAGCUCGAUAAAAUACUGAAGGAUAGAGUAAGAUGGGGUGAUCCUAUGGCACAUUUAGUGAAGAGAAAAAAUUCUGAGCUGAUUCUGCCAGACCUGGGGGAUGGUGAGAAGAUGAAAGAAUCAGGAUUUAUAAUUCCUCAAGAAAUUCCUAGUCACAGCUGGAUAAAACGAGGAUUAGAUGCUGCACCGAAUCGAUAUGGUAUAAGACCAGGGAGGCACUGGGAUGGCGUCGAUCGGAGUACUGGUUUUGAGAAGCAGAUGUUUAAAAGAACGAAUGAGAAACAAGCUACAGAGAGAGAAGCUUAUCUCUGGUCUGUGGCAGAUAUGUGAUGAAGGUACCAAGUAAGAAGACGUCAAGGCCUCUCAAUUUUCAGACAGAAGCCAAGGAUGCAAUUUGGGUUGUUCUAUAUACUUCAGGAAAAGCAAGGGUGACAUCCUUAAAUGAAGAUAGCAGCAAAAGAUCUUUCACAAUUGUGAGGAAGGAGAGGAUCAUAGAAAUUGGGGGAAAUUGUGAACUAAAUGGGGUUUUUUGAUACAUGAACAAUGGAGGAUACGUGGACUUCUUGUCAAGGUUUUCCUGCUGCUUGACUGAGAAACUGUGAUUGUGUUGGUACUUCAUUGGAUCAUUGUGGCAACAUCCCUGAGUUUAAAAAAGAAAAAGAAGAAAGUUAACGACAGUUUCCUAA